CUUCCCCAAUGCCAAUCAGAGCUCCACGCGCAUGCGCCUGAAGCUCUUCCCGCCCGCUGUGUUCCUUACCGACAGCCGCCCGGGUACAAACAAGGCCUCUCCACGAACGGCCCGGCGCUUUUCCGUUCCGUCUGUACAAGUGGCGGCUGGCUGAGCAUUAAAUUAUGGCUGGGCAAAUAUCGGAAUCUGAUCAGAUCAAGCAGUUCAAGGAAUUCCUUGGGACAUACAACAAACUGACAGAAACCUGCUUCCUGGACUGUGUGAAAGAUUUCACUAGCCGAGAAGUCAAGCCAGAAGAGAUGACAUGUUCGGAACACUGCUUACAGAAGUAUUUAAAAAUGACCCAGAGGAUAUCUAUGAGGUUUCAAGAGUACCAUAUUCAACAGAAUGAAGCACUUGCAGCCAAAGCAGGACUUCUUAGCCAGCCUCGCUAGAAGGCAGGGGCUUGUCGAUAUGAAAGAGUGCCAACAGUGAUUGCAUUGCACCAAGGGUGUGCCAGUCUCCACUGCUGUAGUGGAAACAUUCACCAACUUGGAACAGAACGUGUCAGAGUACCACAAAGUGUGGAAGCCAUCAGCUGUGGAACUAAUGGAAUCUGUUCCAAGAUCACCUUUUACUGUGCAGUGGAAUAAUGUUGUUGCUGCCUUUUCUGGAGGCCUACAAACUGGCUCUGCCAGUUACUAGGUUAGAGAUGGGAGAAAGCAAACACUUUUAUUUUUCUGCUGUUUCUCAUGCAGUGACUGUUUUAAAACACAAAUGGUUUGUUCAAAAAUUAUAUCCAAAAUUGUCUAAAACAAACUUUAUUUUUUAUUAAUCAAAGUAAAUAAAUGGAAAUUACUGUC